AUGGUCGCCUCCUCAGCGCCGCGCACCAUCUACGACAAGUGCUACGACGCCCAUCUGGCGCACGAGCACGACGACGGCACCGCCAUCCUCUACAUUGACCGCCAUCUCGUGCACGAGGUCACCUCGCCGCAGGCCUUCGAGGGCCUGCGCAACGCCGGGCGCAAGGUGCGGCGGCCCGACUGCACGCUCGCCACGGUGGACCACAACAUCCCGACCGUGUCGCGCAAGGCGUACAAGGACACCAAGUCCUUCGUCGAGCAGGCCGACUCGCGCACGCAGUGUCUCACGCUCGAGGACAACGUCAAGGAGUUCGGCCUCACGUUCUUCGGGCUCAGCGACUCGCGCCAGGGCAUCGUGCACAUCAUCGGCCCCGAGCAGGGCUUCACGCUGCCCGGCGCCACGAUUGUCUGCGGCGACUCGCACACCUCGACGCACGGCGCCUUUGGCGCGCUGGCGUUUGGCAUCGGCACGUCCGAGGUCGAGCAUGUGCUGGCCACGCAGACGAUUCUGCAGAAAAAGGCGCGCAACAUGCGCGUGCAGGUCGAGGGCGAGCUGGCGCCGGGCGUGACGAGCAAGGACAUCAUCCUGCAUGUGAUCGGCAUCAUCGGCACGGCCGGCGGCACCGGGUGCGUGAUUGAGUUCUGCGGCUCGACGAUCCGCGCGCUCAGCAUGGAGGCGCGCAUGUCGAUCUGCAACAUGAGCAUCGAGGCCGGCGCGCGUGCCGGCCUCAUCGCGCCCGACGACAUCACCUACGAGUACAUCAAGGGCCGUCCGCUGGCGCCCAAGGCCGGCGCAGAGUGGGAGGCGGCAGAGAAGUACUGGCGCACACUGCCGUCCGACGAGGGCGCGCACUACGACGUCGACGUGCAGGUCAAGGCCGCCGACAUUGCCCCCACCGUGACUUGGGGCACGUCGCCUCAGGAUGUCGUGCCCAUCACGGGCAACGCGCCUGACCCGAAGCAGGCCAAGGACGAGGCGCAGGCUCUGGCAUGGACGCGCGCACUCGAGUACAUGGGCCUCGAGGCCGGCACGCCGAUGGAGAAGGUCAAGGUCGACAAGGUCUUCAUUGGCUCCUGCACCAACUCGCGCAUCGAGGACCUGCGCGAGGCUGCGCGCAUCCUGCACGGCCGCAAGGUGGCGCAGGGCAUCUAUGCCAUGCUGGUGCCCGGCUCCGGCCUCGUCAAGAAGCAGGCCGAGGCAGAAGGCCUCGACAAGAUCUUCCAGGCGGCAGGCUUCGACUGGCGCGAGGCAGGAUGCAGCAUGUGUCUCGGCAUGAAUCCGGACCAGCUCUCGCCCGGCGAGCGCUGUGCCUCGACGUCGAACCGCAACUUCGAGGGCCGGCAGGGCGCCGGCGGCCGCACGCAUCUCAUGUCGCCGGCCAUGGCUGCCGCGGCCGCGGUGACCGGAUUCCUCACCGACGUGCGCCAGCUCACCUCGGGCGCCAAGGUGGGGCACGAAGCCGCCCAGCCCGACUUUGCCGUGCAGAUCUCCGACCCCAAGUCGUACCUCACCGACAAGACGCUUCCCCCGCCUGCGCCCAUCACGCCGGCCAUCGCCACCGACGAGGAUGUGAUUCGCGACGUGCCCGAGUCGCAGAUCGCCACCGUCGGUUCCGGCGUGCAGGCAUUCACCGUGCUCAAGGGCAUCGCUGCGCCGCUGGAGCGCUCCAACGUCGACACGGACCUGAUCAUUCCCAAGCAGUUCCUCAAGACGAUCAAGCGCACCGGCCUCGGCUCCGCGCUCUUCUGGCCGCUGCGCUACGAUGCAAAGACGGGCGAGGCGGACCCGAGCUUCGUGCUCAACAAGGAGCCCUACACGCAGGCCAAGAUUCUCGUUGUCACCGGGCCCAACUUUGGCUGUGGCUCGAGCCGCGAGCACGCGGCGUGGAGCCUGCUCGACUUUGGCAUUCGCGCCGUCAUUGCCGAGAGCUUCGGCGACAUUUUCCGCAACAAUCUCACCAAGAACGGCCAGCUGCCCGUGACGCUGCCGGCGGCGCAGAUUGUGCGCAUCAGCGAGGAUGCCAAGGCGGGCAAGGAGGUGGCGGUGGACCUGCAGCGCCAGCAGAUUGUGCUCGCCGACGGCACCGAGUAUGCCUUCGAGACGCCCGAGUUUGUGCGGCAUUGCCUCAUCAACGGCCUCGACGACAUUAGCCUGACGAUGGAGCACGAGGCGGCCAUCAAGAGCUUCGAGAAGAAGCGCAGCGCAACGACGCCGUGGCUGGACGGCUUUGGCUACGCGGGCAAGCUGCAGCCGCUGAUGGAGAAGGCCAAGGACGUGGCGAGCAAGGUGACGGGGACCGACUGGUAGACAGCUCGCCGCGCCGGCAGACUCGACAUGGCGCGGAGGGCUCGGAUGCAGAGACACG